AUGAAUAUGAUAAAGAAUAGAUACUACAAAAAGUUAAGGUACAUGAAGGAAGACGAUUUGAAUGAGAAGGAGAAGGUGAGAGGGGUUCGGAAACAGAGAAAGGCAAACUGA